AUGUUUAACUUCAUAAAGAAGUCCACCGUUUUAACGGGUGGUGAUGGCGGAGCAUGUGAAGAGCGAGAUGGUGAUAAGGAAAGACGCAAACGGGAGAAAAAAGAGAGGAAAGAACGGGAAAAGCGAGAGAGGAUAGCUGCCGGCCUCGAGGAGCCGCUACGACUUGAAGAGGUUCGACGGUCACUCAAACUGCGUGGCAGGCGUAAAGAAAAGGAGAAAUUACCCUCUGGCAUCACAGCGGACUACACAGCCUCACUGUUUGCCCACCUAGAACAAGACUCGAACUAUUCCAACUACCCACUCAUAUCUACCUCAGGGUCUAAUUCCAACCUCAGUGACGAAAAUAACCAUUUGUCACCCGGGUAUCCCACAACACACACGUGGAAUAAAAAAGAUAGUGUGUUACAAUCAGACAGUUCAGAAACCUCUCUGAACUCUUUGAAUAACCCUAACAAUGCUAACAUUAGUCCACGACAACCGCCGAAUCUACCUCCCAUACCACCACGACCGCCGAAACGAGGAAUCUUGAAAGGUCCUCGGUUAAGCAAUACUAGUUCUAAUUCACAAGAAAGCAACAUCCAAAGCAGUGACACUGUUGACUAUAUAAAUGGUCAAGACUCAAACCUUCUAGCGCGAAACACACAACAGAAUGAAGUUAUAUCUUUCGGUGCGAUUCCGCCAUCGAAGAGUACAUCUUCUAGCGAUGAGAUACAGCAGUUACAGAACUUUACGAAGAAAGUGAUUCACAGUCCUGUUGAAACGCAAUAUAAGAAUUACAAAAAUAACGCUAGUAAUCCAUCAAUAGUUACUCAAGACGUAGAUGAAUUAUCAAAGACUAAUGGGAACAGUUAUAUUGGAGUAACGUCUACAUCACCAAGUGCUGAUUCUUUAACUGACACUACUACGAAUUCUUCGUUUGCGACUCCACCGUUUUCUACCUCGCCUGUUGGUGAAUCGCAGGGCUUCCAUCGGUGGUCGCGAACUAGCAACUUCGAUGAUGUUUAUUUACCUUUGCCAUCACUGACCCCAUUGCAGCUGCCAAAGCCAAGAUUAUUGAUUAUACAAAGACAGAAAUCGCCCAGAAAUGAUUUUGGAUUUAGCCUUCGUCGUGCUAUGGUUCAAGAGAGAGUUUUCAUUGGAGAUAUAAGGGAACAUAAUGGUCAUGACGAGAAUGGUCUUGCGAAUGGUGACAAUAAAUGUAACGGCAACAUUACUAAUGGAUUGAUCAGUAAAUUAACACAUAAAGCGGUGAUUCUAGCUGAGCCUGGUUCCUAUCCAGGUGCUAGUGAAACAGGACUCCUUCCCGGCGAUAGAUUGUUAGAAGUCAAUGGUAUUAAUGUGGAAGGCAAAAGCAGAGAAGAAGUGAUCGACUUAAUUAAAGGAAGUCAGGAUUCUGUCACUGUAAAGGUGCAGCCAAUAGCAGAGCUGUGCGAGCUGUCGCGCAGGCGUGCUGCCGACGGUGGCGGCGACGUAGAACUGUCUGAUAGCAAUGUUCGGGGAGGUACACUCAGCCGAUCUGGAAGUCGUCGAUUCGCUAGCAAUCAGGCUAAAUCCGAAGAGCAAUUGGCGUGCGAGAAAGAAUGGCUCCAAGCGGGUCACAUGUGGUUAGCACACCGCAAUGGUUUUACGGCUGUCGUCAGGGAAGGCGACGCAGACGCCGGCAGGGUAAAGGUCCGAGUGCUGCAGACCGGCGAAGUGCUGGCCGUUGACGAAGAUGAUUUGGAGAAAUCGAACCCACCCCAAAUGGAACGCUGCGAGGACAUUGCGUCCCUCCGUUGCCUGAACGAGUGCGGGGCGCUACACGUGCUCCGCUCCCGCUACGCUGCUGGUCUGCCGCACGCUCGCGCCGGCCACGCGCUACUCGUCUUAGGACCUCCGAGAAGAACUGCACCUAUUUACACUGACAAGGUUGCGGCGAUGUUCCGAGGAUGUCGUGCUGAUGAUAUGCCCCCUCAUGUGUAUGCCGCCGCUCAGUCUGCUCAUCGAUGCAUGCUGGCUGCGAGGAGAGACCGAGCCAUCGUAUUCCUUGGAAGAUCUGGUUCUGGUAAAACAUCGGCGAUGCGGCACUGCGUUUACUACCUGGCCAGUGCUUACCCCGCCCAAGGAUCCAAGCUCACUCCUGAAAAGUUUGAUGCUGCCUUCGAUGUACUGCACACCUUCGGUUCUUGUCGCACGAGUUCGAAUGCAUACGCGUCUCGUUUCGUCUCUCUGACCUCUCUGGACUUUGACGGCGGCGGUGCGCUUGUAUCUGCAUCAGUACAGACUCUUCUACCUGAUCUAAGACCCGGUCAAACGCCUCUACGUUCGAUACACAAUUUAUUCCACGGCUGCGAUGGUCGCCUUCGUCGCGAGCUCUUACUAGAUCAAGCGCCAGUGAACGCGCCGAACCCUUUCAUCAGCUCCAGCGAGAAAGCUGACGCGCCUACAGAGUUUGCAGCUCUUAAGGAAGCGUUUCAAGCGUUAGCGGUGACGGAACAAGAACAGUUGGCCGUAUGGAAGAUAUUAGCCGCUGUAUGCCAUCUGGGAUGGGCUGGUGCUGUGAAGGCAACGACAGCGUCUGGUCUAAAGUAUCAAUUCACAAGUACCGGUUGCGGCCAGAGAGCGGCACGUUUGCUCGGCGUGGGAGCUGAUGAACUGGCUCGCGCCAUAUUCUCUGGAGCGGCACCGAGUUCUCCACAGUCUGCUAACAACUUGAGAACCCCAUCACCGUCCAACGAGAGGGAAAUAUCUGGCGCGGAAGCUCUGGACGCUUUCGUGACCGGUCUAUACAACGAAACGUUCAAUAUUAUCGCUGCCCUCGUUAACAGGAGUUUAUCGAGCACGUGUCGCACGUCGUCGUCGGUGCUGCUGCUGGACGCGCCCGGCGCCGACAACCCGAUGUGCGCCGGCCAACAGAGCGGCGCGCCGCUGUCUAAACUGCUCUCCAACUACCUGCAGGAACGUCUUCAAGCAGUUUUCCACGAUGCUAUGCUCGUUGCACCUAGAGAGCGUUAUUCACAAGAGGGCAUUACUCUCGACGACGGCACCGAUGAAGAUUGGCUAUCAGAAACCGUAAAUCCUGGUCCGAUGGUGGAACUCUUAGACAAAGCGCCACAAAACACUAUUGUGCGCAGCUCACAGGCUGAUCUACGCGAGUGUGACCGAAGAGGGUUGCUAUGGCUUCUAGACGAGGAAUCCAUGUAUCCAGGUUCUUCGGACGAUACAUUUCUCGAACGAGUAUUAGCGUAUUACGGUACGCCGAAUCAUACGCAGCAUCUAAUCAAGAAGGCGCCGCACGCGCGGCAAUUCGUCUUACAACACUUGCAGGGCACCAACCCGGUAUUAUAUGACGUCACUGGCUGGGUAAAGGCAAGCCGCGAGAGUCCAGUUACCAAGAAGGCGCUUACACUUCUACAAGAAAGUCAAAAUGAGGAGAUAUGUCGUUUGUCGUCGUGGGCGCGCGGCGCGUGCGGCGUUGGCGCGUGGUCAGCGGCCGUCGGCGACGCGUCCACACUACGACGCGCCUCCUCCAUCAGGCGAACACUUACGUCAGGUACAGCUGGCAUGAAGCGUCGCUCUACAGCGUUACAAGCGAAGUUUGUUGCGGACGGUGUUGUGGACACGCUGCGACGUUGCGGCGCAGGCGGCGUACAGUUCGUCUGUUGCAUGUUGACCAAUCAGCCGUCAGAAACGCAGGACGACGUCAACUUACCCCUGUUGAGGUCACAGUUCCGUGGAUUUCAACUGCUCGAUGCCGCUCGAUUGUACAAGCAAGGAUUCCCAGAACAUAUGCCACUGUCUGAGUUCUCAAGGAGGCAGGUGGUCGAUGAUAUGCUACUAGCUCUAGACCUGGACGUCACCAGUUACAGACUCGGAUUAACACAGAUUAUGUUCCGCGGCGGCGUCGUGGGCGGGUUGGACGCUCGACGUGAUGCGGCGCUCGCUCGCGUGCUCGUUCGGCUGCAAGCGCGCGCUCGCGGUCUUCUCGCUCGUCGGCGAGCGCAGCGUUUGCGAACACAGCAUACAGCCGCUCGUUGCGUGCAGCGGAACGUUCGCGCGUUCCUCGCCGUUCGCGACUGGCCUUGGUGGCGACUUCUGGUGCGCGUUACGCCGCUGCUCGCCGUACACAGGACCGAACACAGACUGAAACAAGCGCAGGACGAGCUGGAGACAUUGCGUACAAAGCUGGAUAAGGCAGAAGGGGAGCGAACACAUUACAAAAACGAAACUGAGAAACUAGAGACUAAGUUGUCUGAAGUGGGCAGUGAGUUAACAGAGGAGCGUGCCGCGGCCGCGCUCGCUACCGAACGUGCCGACGCUGAAGCCGGUGAGAGGCUAAGGGUAGAAAGAGACAACAGAGAACUUAUCGCUAACAACCAACGUUUGCAGCAGGCAUCGGAGAGGCUUGAACUCGAACUAUUGCACUGGAGAUCUGCGGAAACUGGCGGUGCUGAGCCAUCUGAUUCGGAGGGAUCAGAAGCGGACGCCAGCGCCAGCGGAGAGAAAUACAAACGAAGAUAUGAAGCAGCACAUAGAGAGGUUCAACUGCUACGCGCUCAACUACGUAGACAGCACGAGGAUGACCUCGAACAGCUGGUCACUGUCAAGAAACAGCUCGAGAAAAAGGUGCAAGAUGCAUACGAGGAGGUGGAGGAACAACGCACGGUGGCUGCGCAGUGGAAACGUAAGCUACAGAAACUUACCAACGACAUGGCAGACCUCAGGUCACUUCUUGACGAACAGACAUGCCGCAACAAUCUAUUAGAGAAGCGACAGCGUAAAUUCGACGCCGAACUUCACGGCGCACAGGAGGAGCUGAAGCGGGAGCGGACGGCGAAGGAGCGACUCUCGCGCGAGAGAGACCAAGCGCACGCCGACAAGUACGCGCUCGAGCAGACCCUCUCUGAAGCUCGGCUCGAACUCGAGCUGAAAGAAGAACGGCUGGCGGCCGCGACCCGCGAGCUCGAGGAACGGGGCGGCGGCGGCGACGAGCUGGCGGCGCUCAGGAGGACCAGGACCGAUCUGGAGCGGCGCGUGCGGGACCAGGAGGAGGAGCUGGACGACCUCGCCGGGCAGAUACAGUUACUGGAGAGUUGCAAGGUCCGCCUGGAGAUGUUACUGGAGCAGCAACGGAAGGAGGCGCGCCUGGAGGCGGCCGCUCGCGACGACGAACUAGAAGAGACGCGCGCCAACGCCGCCAAGAAACUAAAGAUGCUCGAGAGCCAGUUGGAGAGCGAGCACUCGGAGCGCAGCCUGCUGCUGCGCGAGCGGCACGAGCUGGAGCGGCGCCUCGCCGCGCUGGAGGAGGCCGCGCGGGCCGACAGCCAGGAGCAGGGGCAACUGGUGCAACGGCUCAAGAGAGAUUUGAAGAGAUAUCGAGCAUUGCUGCGCGAUGCCCAAACUAUGCUGGAGCAGAAGGAGAAAGAAGGAGGAGCCAAAGCACAAAUAAGGCAAUUAAAGAAUCAGGUCGAGGAUCUCGAGUUGGCGGUGCGAGCGGCGACUAAAGCGAAACAGACCGCCGAAGCGGAGGCGGCGGAAGCGAACGCGGCGCUCGAGGAAGCGACGCGAGCGAAGGGCGACGCCGCCGAGCGCGCGCUCGCCGCCACGCGCGACGCCGCGCAGGCGCGCGCGCUGCUCGACGACGCCGAGGAGGAGGCCGCCGAGUUACUUAAGAAGUACCGCGCGAGCGCGAGCGCUUUAUGCGCGGCGCAGGCGGAGUUGCGCGAGGCGUGCGCGCGCGGCGACGCGGCCGCGGAGGAGGCGCGUCAGGCUCGGGAACGGCUCGCGGAACUCGCGGCGAGACUCGCCAGCGCUGAGGCGGGGCACACGCUCACCCACCACGAGGCGGAGAGACGCCUCGAGAUGAGGAACAAGGAAUUAGAGUCUAGUUUGGAGUUAGAGGCGACGGCCCGUGGACGUUUAGAGGGUCAAGUGUCCCGCCUGCGUGAGUCGCACGAGCAGUUGUCGAGCGAGUUAUCCGCUGCGCGAGCGAGAGAGCAACACGCCGCUGAUGAACUAAGGAAACUGGCCAGACAACUCAGAGAGCUCAAAGAAGAGAACUCCAACUUGAACGCCAAGCUGAGCGAAACGGCCCGAGCCAAGGCCGCGGCGGAGACCGCAGCGGCGGCGGCGGCGGCGGAGGCGGCCGCGGCGCGGGACGAGGCGCGCCUGGCGGCCCGCCGCGCCGCCGCCUUGCAGGAGGCCAUCGCCGGGGACCUCUCCAGCCCCGGGGACUCCAGGGACACGGACAGUGAUAAUGACAGCUACAGCUCUGAUGAAUCCAUCGGUACAUUUUUGGCGAACCACAAGCUCAGUCCAUCGGCGCCUUCGCGGAAUAGCCUUCACCUAGAAUCACAAAAGUCACACACGCCGGAAGGACGUCAGAGUCGUUCCAGCGUAUCGUCCGGAUCAAAGCCGUUGAGUCCCACUAAGGAGUCCUACGCAUAA